UUUGGCCAGAUUACUAUGGACAACGCAUCCAACAAUGAUACAUUUAUGUUGGAGCUCGAGACGGAGCUGGAUAAGAGGGGUAUUCCCUUUGACCACGCUGGCAAUCGUUUACGUCUUUCCACCUCGACGGACCUUCACGCUUAUGCUAACAGCUUGUCGAAUGAACCUGUUGGACAAUGUCGUGACAUUGUUAAUUCUUGCAGGCACUCAGGGCAGCGACGGUGGCGGCUUCAAGCAGUCAUCGAACAAGGGAACAACAAUGGAUAUUGGAAGGGUAAGCUUCCUGAUGGCAAGGAGAAAUUGCCUGUGCUUCGCCUUUUGCAAGAUUGCUCAACUCGCUGGUCAUCAACAUUCAAAAUGAUUGAUCGUGUUCUCACGUUGCAUCCAGCUAUCCAGUCGUUCCUGCAAGAAAUCCAAAAUGCCGACAUUGCCCACCUUUCCAUGGACUCGAAAGACAUUGAUGUCCUCCGCGAUAUUCAUCAAAUUAUCGAAGUCCCUCACGCAGCUCAAGAGCUACUCGCAAGCGAGCGUACUCUGACCUUGUCAAUGGCCCUUCCUGCAUACAAACUCCUGCUAACAAAAUGGACCGAACUGAAGGGAACCAUUUGGGAACUUGCCCAUUAUAUUGGAAUUGGCCUCGACAAGCUCACUAACUACAUUCAUCAAGGCAGGAAAACACGAAUCUAUGCACUAGCAAUGAUAAUCAACCCGAGCUUGAAACUUGAAUGGAUGAAGGCCCACUGGGGUGAGAAUGAUGUGAGAAGAGCACGGGAAUGGGCAUUAGAAGCAGCAUGUUAA